CAAUAUUAAGCGAUACAGUUUACGUUUUAUUAUAAUAUUUUGGUUGCUAGCUGUACUUGUUAUUUGUAAUGGAUAUUCUGGCACCAUGUUUUCAUUUCUAUCAAUACCUGAAUAUGAAUUUGUCCCAACGACAUUUAAGGAGUUAAUGCUUGAAGUUAAAAAUGGAAGAUAUAAAACUGGAACUUUGAAAUCAAGUGGAGUCGAAGAGGGUUUCGUGAAUACAAAAGACCAAGUAGCAAAAUAUUUGUAUGCAGAAAUGAAGAAAAAUGAAUCAAAUUUGGUUACAUCAUAUGAAGAAGGAAUUACAAGAAUUUCUGAAGAAAAUUUUGCUUUUAUUGAAGAGAAACUUGUUAUUCUUCAAACUGCAAAUACUUUAAAAAAACAUAGUGUUACCAUUUCAAGAGAUGCCCUUUUCUCUUUUACUUCUGCUUUUGGAUUUGCCAAAGGAGUUUCAUUUUUGCCUGAAAUAAACAAAAUAUUACGCAAAUUGUGUGAAGCUGGUAUCACUCAGAAAUUUCUGCAAGAUGAAUUAACAAAAUCAAAAUCGUUUUCAAACGUAGAAGAAACUGAAAAUACCAGAUCAUUGACUCUUUAUGAUUUACUAGGUCCAUUUAUUCUUCUUAUUUCUGGCUACAUCAUUUCUACAUUAUCACUUAUCUGCGAAAUUAUUGUACAAAAAAUCCUGCAACGAGUUGCUUAACAUUCCUUGUAAUAUUUGGUGUUGCCAUAGGUUACGAUAUUUUAUUUAAAAGAACUUGUUAUAUUUUUAAUUAUAAAAUGGCAAAAAAAAACUUAGUUCUGAGGGUAGCGAUGGAGUUUAUGAAAAAAUUGUAAAUGCUAAUAACGAGUAAAAUCGUUAUUAGUCAGACCUCACUCGAGAUAUGACACACGACCCUCUUUAUCUCCCAACCCAAAUUUAAUAUCAAUAG